CAGCCAUGAACCAUGAUUUGGCUACUUGCCAGUUGCAGUAUAUUGAGGGAGGGAUAUAGACAAUCCUUUGAUAGGACAAAAAUUUGCAUUGUGCAGGAUGAGUCAGUAAUAUUGUGUUUAAAUGGAAAGCAUAUGCUCCGAAAUUCACACCCUCGGACCAAAAUGUUUUAUAAUUUUCAUACAUUUUAUAUUAUAUAUAGCAUAAUAUAUUCACUUUGUUUAUUUUAAUCCAUUAAACCAAUUUCCUUUUUCCUUGAAAACAAACCCUGGUAAGGAUUAUCACCUGCCGAGUGAUUUCUGAGAGUUUGUGUUUACAGUAUAAAUCUCACAGGUUGUUGUUUAACAGACCCCUGUGCUGCAGAUUAGGGCCCAAUAAGGGAACCGAAUGGUGACGUUUACUGUUAAGAGAAAAAGGUGUGAAUCCAAGGUCACUGUCUGUCGCAAUGUCUUGUGUCAAUGGGUUUAUGUUUAUAACCGUCUUGUAUUUAUAACCCCUUAUGCAAAUGUGUCGUUAACUUUAUUCAAAAAGUGUAAAUAUAAAUGGAAUGAGUCUGGGGCAACUCGCGUGAGCUGUGACUGCGGGAGUCUAAUCUUAAAGCUUAAUCUCCAUGGCCAUAAGGCUUUAUGACAUGCCCGGAACGGACCAGUAAGAGUGGAUGCGGAUGGCACCAGGGCAAAGAUUAAUCAGCGGCUGAUUAUUUAAACCCAAUCGUAAGGCAAAGUCCCUUAGUUGAGACUCUGAAUCGGCCACAGGAUGAGGAGGCUAAGAUGUACCUGGAGCUCUGUGAAACCCCUGAUCAUCAUCCUUACACCACUGUCACUGCUGCCGCUGCCGUUGGUUAUCAAGACAAAGGUAGCAGAAUGUGCCUAUAUCCUAAUUCUAAUGGCCGUGUACUGGAUGACAGAGGUGCUUCCUCUCUCAGUAACUGCGCUUCUGCCUGCUGUACUUUUCCCUCUGUUUGGGAUCAUGAAGUCCUCACAGGUCGCCUCUGUGUAUUUCAAAGACUUCCAUUUGCUGUUGCUCGGGGUCAUCUGUCUAGCAACAGCCAUUGAGAAAUGGGGUCUUCAUCGCCGAAUUGCUCUCAGAUUAGUGACCGCUGUCGGUGUCAACCCUGGCAUGUUGAUGCUGGGAUUUAUGGUUGGCUGCGCUUUUCUCUCCAUGUGGUUGAGCAACACCUCAACUGUUGCGAUGGUGAUGCCAAUUGUCGAAGCUGUGAUACAGCAGGUUUUGAAUGCGAACGAUGAGCCCAGCAAAGACCACAAGGGGGCGUUAAAUGGCAUCUCUAACCCUGCACUUCAACUUGAAGAUAUCGAGGCCCAGUGUGACCAACCUGAGAAGAUUAAAAGCAUUGAAGCAGGAGUCAUAGAGCCAGUUCAGACAGUUCCAGAGGAACCCGAAACUAAGUCACAGGCUUCCCUGAUAAAUGGAAAGUAUAAGACCCGGGAAGAUCACUUGAUGUGCAAAGGCUUAUCACUCUGCAUUGCCUACUCCUCAUCCAUUGGAGGUCUGACCACCCUUCCAGGAACCUCAACCAACCUAAUUUUUUCCGAAUACAUGCAUCAGUAUUACCCAGAAUGCAAAGAAAUAAAUUUUGGGAACUGGUUUGUGCUUUGUCUUCCCAUCUGUAUAAUUAUGCUGAUUUUGUCAUGGAUAUUCCUGCACUGGAUGUUCCUAGGAAGCAACUUUCGUGCCAGUCUGUGUUCCAAAAAGCAGUCUGAGAAGGAGAAAAACACUGCCAGGAUGCUCAACAAUCAGUACAAGUCACUUGGACCCAUAAGCUGGCAGGAGAUCAUCAUCUUGUUUAUCUUCAUUCUGAUGGCGGUUCUGUGGUUUACAAGAGAACCAGGUUUCAUGCCAGGCUGGUCAUCGCUGUUCGCUGAGUACAGAGGCUAUGCUUCAGAUGCCACAGUAGCGCUGUUAUUAGGUUUCUUUUUCUUUAUCAUCCCCGCACAUAAACCAAGCAUGGAUCGCUACGAGGCCUUAAUAACAUGGAAGGAUUUUCAGGCCUGUAUGCCGUGGGAGAUCUGUCUGCUCGUGGGUGGAGGUUUCGCUUUGGCCGAGGGCACAAAGACUUCUGGUUUGUCAUCUUGGGUUGCUGAACUGCUGACUCCCUUGGGAAAUCUCCAUCCUUUAGCCACAGUCACCAUCGCCUGCCUUAUUGUCACCUCCAUCACGGAGGUGGCCAGCAAUGCCGCCACAAUCACAAUCUUUUUGCCUAUACUGGCCCCAUUGGCUGAGGCGAUUGGGGUGAAUCCUCUGUAUAUGCUGAUUCCUACAGCCCUGUGUGUGUCUUUCUCCUUCCUGCUUCCGGUGUCUAACCCUCCUAAUGCUAUUGUCUUCACGUAUGGCCAUGUUACAAGCAUGGAUAUGGUGAAGGCAGGGCUGGGUGUUAACGUUAUAGGCGUUCUUACAGUCCUAUUAGCUCUUACAACAUGGGGAACACCUCUGCUUAACUUGGACACUUACCCAGACUGGGCACCAGUAAGAAAUAUCACUGGAGUAUGACCAUCAUUGUGACAAUGUCAGUAAAUUAACCCUUUAGUUUUAGGAUUACACAGGAUCCCUUCAAGUCACAAGAGAUGCACAAUGCAUCUUAUGGCAUACUGUUGUCUGACCUCCAAAUGUUUUACACGGUGGACUUCUUGUUCACCUUAAAUAAAGUAUGGCCAGCUUGCCUGAAGCAGCACAACAGACGCCUGCAAAGACAAAGGUUUUGGGUUCCAGAAGAUGUUCUGUUUCAACAAAAUUGUUUAUUUGUUUAUAUGUAUUUGUAUUAUAAUGUUGUGAUCUUUAAGAAUAGCUUAGGCUCUGUGUUUGUAAAAAUUGUUGUUUAGGAAAACUCGGAGGUACAAUGAUUUGACUUUACAGUACAUGUCAAUGAGUUGCCUUCACAGGAAGUCAACAACACAGUGCAAUGUUUAUAAAGAAUGUAUAAUGUAUUAUAAGUGUAUUUUUCUUUAGCCUUAGAGAUCAGUUUGCACGAUAGGGUUAGUCCUGUUGGUUGACUGUCUGAAACCGCUUUGCACAAAUUUUUAUAUGUAUAUUAUAUAUUUUUGUUAUAUAGUAGCAUGUGCAUACAGAUAAAUAACUAUGUGUAGGAUGUUGAAACGACACAGACUGAAAUGAACAAACAGAUUAUGUUUUCAUGAAAGUUAACUUUUAAUUUUUUUUGCAGAUAACACUCCCCCUAGUGGCCAGCAAAUAAUACCUUUUACCUUUUGAACAAUGUGGAUAGUUUAGUUUUUUAACAUUAACUUCCCAUUGUUAAUAGCUAUUAAUAUUUUAGACAUUGAUACAUCACUGUAACUGUCUAUAACACACCAUAGCAAUAUAAUGCAAAUACAAAGCAUUUUCUGCAUCAUUUUGGGUGUGAUCUAUUGUCAUGAAGUGGUCCUUAUGAGAUGUUUCAUUGUUAAAAUUUUUUAUCAUUGACAUAGACUAAAUAUGUCAUACAAUUAGUCUCUGUAUGUUUGUAUUUAUAAUAUCAUAGUUAAUUUGGAGUGAACUAUUUGUCUCAUUGACAUAAAGCCACAUGGUCACAGUAUGACAGAUUCACUCAGAUGUGUUUCACUGAUUUUGCCAGAAAAACACAUUUAAAUGUGACAGGAACGAUUCAUCAUGUUCUGGCAGUAAUUCUUACUAAUUUGAAUAAAACAAAUAAAAAUUGGAGGUUCAUAAAAUUGUAUUACUGUGAUCUACAUCUAUUAUGCAUACAGUACUACCAUCAAUAUUUUCCAUCCUUCUUUAGAGCAUAAAUGAUCACAAUACAGCACAGACUAGUAUAUAAUAAUCAAAAUGUUAACUCUACAAGGUUAUAUGUGUCAUAAAGUUUAGCUAACCUGCAGUCUGCAUAGUUCGAAGGUUGACAUUUGUAGUCUGAGGCAAGUGCGGGAACUAAUUCUGUAAACCAUAUAAAAAUGCAUACGCACAUCCAGCCGUCACUCCAAUUCAAGGUCACUGUUCAGUUGUGUGACAGCAUGUCUGUUGAAUCUAAUUACUUCUUAGUAAUGCAAAUAAGGGAGCACUGACUGACUAUAAAGUUUAACUAAGCUUUACUCUAAGCCAAACAGUAGAGUCCCCCCCAAACAAAAUUUAUGAAAUAAAACUUUGAAUUAAACAAAACAUAUUAAAUUAUACAGUGUAGUGCUGUUGGUUAGUAGCCUUAUUUUUCUAAAGUUUAAUUACACAGAAUUUACAGUAUGAUAAAAGAAUGUAUUUUGUAAUAUAAUGUAAUUAACCU